CCAUGUUCAGUCACCUUAAAGGCCAUUUCAGGUUAUAAUCACCUCUGCAGUUGCAGAACUGCAAAUUAAAGAACAAAAAGCUUCAAACUUUGAGCUUCAAUGGCGGCCUCUUAUUUUCUUGUUCUUCUGUUAUUUCUUUCUCUCGGCCCUCACCGGGCUCUCUCAGCCGCCGGUGCCUCUCCCUACCUCUAUCCCGCCACCUUUUUCAAGAAUUACGAACGGAUGCUCACAAGUUUUAAGAUUUUCAUUUACACCCCAAACAACCCAAUCGCGUUCACGGCCCCGCCGGCGUCUUUGUUUUACGAUUCUCUCCUUCGCAGCCGGUUUGUGACCGCCGACGCCGAUGAGGCCCACCUCUUCUUCGUGCCGUUUUCUCCCGACGCGUCUACGCGAUCUCUGGCGCGUCUGGUUCGGGAGCUCCGGGGGAAUUUUCCGUACUGGAAUCGCACGCUCGGAGCUGACCAUUUCUUUGUUCACCCCACCGGGUUUGACUUCACCGCCGACCGGAAUGUUCUUGAGCUUAAGAAGAAUUCCGUGCAAAUAUCCGUUUUCCCGACCACCUCCGGGUACUUUAUCCCCCACAAGGAUGUUACAUUGCCGCCUGUCAGCCCACGCGCACUCACGCUCCCUCACGCGCCGCCGGGGGAAGAGCCGCCGUCGUUCCUUGGAUAUCUGAGGUGGGACGGCGAGACCGAGUCGGUCAUGGUCAACGAGUUGAAACUGGAUGACGAGUUCGCGGUUGAAUCUCAGCCGUCGGAUGAUCUCGGUGGGGGUGGUGGGGUCCAGAGCAGCAAGUUCUGCUUGUUUCUUUACGGCGCUGACGUGGCAUGGCUGCCGGCGGCGAUGGCUUCCGGCUGCGUGCCGGUGAUAAUCGUGGACCGUCCGAUCCAGGACCUGCCCCUGAUGGACGUCCUGAGAUGGUCCGAGAUGGCGAUCUUGGUGGGGUCCACGCGUGGGGCCGCCGGACUGAAGGAGUUGUUGCGUGGCGUGAAGGAGGAAGAUUACGAGAGGAUGAGGGGAUUGUGUGUGGCGGCGGCCCAGCACUUUCUGUGGAAUGCGGAAGCUAAACCGUACGAUGCAUUUCACAUGCUGAUUUAUCAGCUGUGGCUGCGACGACACACCAUCAGAUACGCGCGAAGGGAGAUGUAGACAUUUUGGAAUUUUGACUUUGUCUUGAAGAAUAAUAUAUUGUUUGAUAAUUAUUUUAUUCCGAAUAAUACUUUGUAAAUUUUUUAAUUUGAAUAAUAAUAAUACAAUAGUUUCUUAUAAA